CCGCAGAUGCCACACUGUUGCGUUCCGACCGUCGGUCGAUCCAGUUCAGCACGCUCCUCCACUCUCUCGUUCUCUCUCACUCUCUCACCUGCCUGCCUUCGCCGCCGCCUCUGCCGCCGCUUCUGCCGCCGCCGCCGCGCCGCACACACUCACUCCACCUUGACAACUACUCUAGGGAUCUUUUUAAUUCCUGCCAUUGCUCGCCUCGCGAGAGACCCAGGCUCGCCUGUGGCCGGGAUGUGACCCCCGCAGCCACGAGCGACAUGACGGACAUCGUGGCGGCCGCCCUGUGGCCGGCAGCCAACAACACGCACCAGUUGUGGCUGAACGCGAGCUCGGACGCCGAGUGCGCGAAUGCGACGACGCUCAGCUGCAAUGUAACCGCGCUCGGCAAUGGGACGAACCUCUCGCCCGGCGACGGCGGGUCCGCCGAGAAGAACUACUGGGCCCUGCUACUGGUGCUGUUUCCCUUGUUGACGCUCUUCGGCAACGUGCUGGUGAUCCUAGCCGUGCAGCGCGAGCGCACCCUGCAGACGGUGACCAACUACUUCAUCGUCAGCCUGGCGCUGGCCGACCUCCUGGUCGCCGUCGUCGUCAUGCCUUUCGCCGUCUACGUCCUGGUGAAUGGGACUUGGGGCCUGCCGACGUUCGUGUGCGACUUCUACAUCGCAAUGGACGUCACGUGCAGCACUUCGUCCAUUUUCAACUUGGUGUCCAUUAGCAUAGACAGGUACAUCGCAGUCACUCAGCCGAUCAAAUACGCCAAACACAAGAAUGAGCGACGCGUGUGGCUCACCAUCGGCCUGGUGUGGGUGAUUUCGGCCGCCAUCGGCUCGCCCAUCGUGCUUGGACUGAACAACACGCCGAACCGGCUGCCCGACUUGUGCAUCUUCUACAACAGCGACUUCAUCAUCUACUCGUCCCUUAGCUCCUUCUACAUCCCCUGCAUUAUAAUGGUCUUCCUCUACUACAGCAUUUUCAAGGCGUUGCGUUCGCGGGCGCAAAAACAGCGGGCGGCGCGCAAGUCGAACCUGGCGGACAGCAUGCCUGGCGCCGUGAUCGAGAACCUGGCGCAGACGCGGCGGCUGGCGGAGACGGCGCUGGUGGGCGCCGGGGUAAGUGCCGGCGCGUUGCCCUUGCCCUCGACCACCUCACUGACCCUCGACGAGGACAAGCCGACCAACACCGGCAGCGGAUCUCAGGACGAGGACGACUACGACAAAGACGACGAGCCAGAGAACGAGCAGUCGAUUGACGACUGCCACGUCAUCGCCAACGACAAAUCCAUCGAGUUCAUCCUGGCGACGGUGGUCGAGGAGGAGGCAGCCAGGAACCCGCUGCCAGCGAAGUUGCGUUCGGACGCCAACGGCAACAACGACUCAGGGUACGCGGCGUCGCACAUCGAGGAGCCGGCGUGCGUGCAGCCGGCGGGCAGUCCUGCGGGCAGUCCGCGCGCAAAGGGUUCGCGGCGGAACGGCACCGGCAGCAGUCUGAAGACUUCAGGGUCGGCGGUUGCGGGUCAUUCGUCGCGGAGCUAUGCGGCGCCUGUGCCGGCGCCAGGGUCGUGCGCCACUUCCGGCCUGGCGGUGAUCACGGUGGGCACGGUGGCGGCCGUGUCGGCGGCCGCCGUCGGCGCCGACACCAAAAAGGACCGCAAGUCCACCGGCAGCAGGUUCACCAUCUACAAGGUCAACAAGGCGAGCAAAAAGAAGCGCGAAAAGUCGACCGCCAAAAAGGAGCGGAAAGCCACAAAAACCCUGGCCAUCGUGUUGGGGGUGUUCCUGGUGUGCUGGGUGCCGUUCUUCACGUGCAACAUCAUGGACGCCAUGUGCACCAAGCUGGGCGCCACCUGCCAGCCGGGGGUGGCCGCCUUCAUCGUCACCACCUGGCUCGGCUACAUGAACUCGUUCGUCAACCCGGUCAUCUACACCAUCUUCAAUCCCGAGUUCCGCAAGGCGUUCAAAAAACUGUGCAUGAACAGUACUUAACGACGCUCAACCCUUCCUGAGUCUUUGUACCUUGGUGUAACACGCGAAGAGCAGCGAAAUGAAUAAAACAAGCGGAGGUGAGCCCCGUUGUGCGCGCGGGCGGAUGAAUUUUUGAGAGUCGCCGCACCCGCCCCCGCUGCUCGCGGCUGAAAACGUGAUAUUCGAGCUUCUGCCACACAGAUCAAAGUGUAUUAACAAAAAGAAAUAAUGCACUCUCCACUCACACAGUUGCUGACGAGCGAGAUUCCAGAUGAGAUUUGAUGUUUUAAAGGCAAAUUAAUAUUUUCUUACACACAACCCACUACGUACAUCGGGAAAGUAAUCAACAGCGAGUCGGCUCGCCCGCCCUGGCCGCCCCGGUUUCUCUCGACCGCUGCAAGCGCAAUCGACCUCGGCCCUUUGCCCUUCAUGUGCAGACGGGACCACCUGGAAAGCAUUGGCCUUUGACAAAGUUGAGAACAAAAGUUUCUUUAAUUUCCGCCUAGAAAGUUUCACAAUCGGAAAUAACAUAAAUUAUAUAGUCCUCUCCCGUACAUUUUGUUUACAAGGAAUAGUACGCAAUUAUUGUUCCAAACUGAGAUCGACAUAAUUUAACGGCCUAAAAUGCCAUGCUAAACAGCAAACAUUGUGAUUGAAUAAUGAUGUUGCGCCAGACUCUGCACUUAGACUUCCAUGUUCUAAACGACGCAACAAGUUCCGUCUUCGCAGUUUCAUACAGGAAACUUUGUUGUUAGCGCAAAAUUUUCAGUUAUGCAUGAGCCUCAAAGAUUCAUGCGACAGACACGCUCGCUCCGUUCUGUGAUUAGUAAGUUGCAAAUUAAGAGCGUGGCGUCACAUCAAUUCUUGAGUGCGAGUGGAACAAAAAUAAAACUGAUUUCGACCGCAGUGUCGCAUAGCGGCCGCGCCCAUUUCAGGUGGUCUUGUCACUGCUCGGCCGAAAUCGACUUUCGGUGGCGGUGCGGCGCGGGUGUGUGUGUGUUGCCAAGGCGAAGAAGGGUCGACCGGCCACUUUAUUUAAAAUAGUCCUAUCAAAACAAUGAGCAUGUGUGUGUAUGUGUGGUGCGCGCCGGCCGGCCGGGCCACUCUCCCGCCUUGACCCGACUCCUUUAUUCUCGUCGUCAUUUAUACACAAAUACAGUACAUAUACGUGUGCAGGGAACAGUGUAUAUUUAUUAUGUACAUCGCGGCAGGUAUGGUUGUCAAACAAAGAUAGGAAACAAGUAUACAUGUACUCGGCAUCAUGUACAUAAUUUCCUCUUUGUGAUCUUUUCGAGUAAAGUAGCUGAGCAAACAAAGGAGAUUUUCUGCAGUGAAGAGCGAAACACUGCAGGCAGCAGACGACAUAGAGAACAAUCACUUUCCUUUCACGUGCGCGCUCAAUUUUAUUAUGAAGACCCCUUUUGCUUUUUGGCAAAAUUAGGAAUUCCGAGAAUCUAACGUCAGCAAAGAGGGCUCCUGGAGGGCGUCGCGCAGGUUUGCACUCAGCUUCAGGGUAUCUCGCUGGAAAACGUUCGGUACUUGGUAAGCAAGCGCCGGAUUCUUGGCUCAAUAAUGUUUAUUGGCUCGUCAAAGUGCUCAAAAUUUCCAGCUUUUUCGCAAGCCUCCGCGCUCGAGUGGCCCUCGCAAACAUUUUCUCUUUUUGCGUUCGAUUCGUAGCGGCCAAACGAAUUCUGUUCCUAUACGAAAUCCCUUUAGAGGAGGAAAUAAGAAUAUCGAUGUCACGCACACACCAUUCUGGAUAAUUUUGUACUUAAAUACCUACCUACGUGCGUAGCGGUUAGUGGAUCCAUGUCAAGAAAAAUGCUCUUAGAGUUGUGAAACACAAAAAGGGAGGUCCCAGCGUUUCGGGGACCUCGAAAACUGACCAAAAACACAAGAAAUUAGAGACUAGAGGUGAGAGGCACGCGAAGCGAAAUCGUCAGUGUGUAAAAAAUCACUUCUCGAUAUUGUUAUCACUCGAUACAAGUAAAAUAGAAGAAGAAAAAUAAUCGUGAAAUUCGAGUUGCGUUGCGAUUAUCAAUCCGUUUCUGUUCGUGACUGGUCCAAAAUUGUAACGUUACACACGCAUUAACUGUCGCAAUAAAGCGCCACGCCGGCGGUUUUUGGCGCGAAAACCAGCGUGGUGAUGGGUCCAUGAGAUUAAAAAUAUAUCUAUAUUAUGUAUAAACAUAAACUGUUGUGUAUGUGGCCGUGCAAAAUUGUUAUACGCGCACUCACUGUUGUAGCCGGGGGUUGGGGGUGCGCCCGCGGUGGCUUCGCGGCCAGGCGGAGGGUGCGGACGCGGAGCUGAAGCAGCAUGUCCUGCAGCCCCAUUCUGAUUCAGCGACGGCACACCUGCUCCGCCGGCCGGCCGCCACCGCACCUUUCGGGCGGCCCACGCACCCAGCCAAUGCUCGCCCCUCACCCUGAUCCGCAAAGCGCGUGCAUUCGGGCCGGGGACGAGCGCUCUAUUGAUAUAAAUAUGUACAUGAACAUACAAAAGGAUGAAGAUGAUCUACUCUCAUGUUUUGUUUGUAAAUGAAAGCAGGAGAUUUUAAGGGAAACGACAAAAAUAAAGUUUAUUUAUUGCUUUAUGCUCGUUGAA